GCCUCAGUCAUCGCCGUAACCCUCUUCUGCCCUUUUGUUCCCUUCAAAUUCUCCAUCUUCCUUCUCUAAAAUUCUCUCUGUGCCCUUCUCAAUUCUCCCUAAUUUUACCCUUCAAUUUACCCGCCAUUUGCCCGUUCGAAACUACCCCGAUUCCUGAUGAACCCGAGCUCGAUCCUCUCAAAUUCUCAGAGUGGAUUCUGGGUUCUACGGUUCGGCGUGUGCUCUGAUGUUUCGCCAUGGAAAGCUCGGUUCUUGAUCUGACUUCUUUCUUGGACUGCGAGCGUUUACAUCAGUCUGCUCAUCAAUCUGAUAUUUUUUGUUCGUUAUUCUGACAAGGUUUUGAAUAAUUCAGCAUAUUUACUGAUCCACGGGCAUCUCGAUGGCGAACCAUGACUUAGUUCUGGGUCAUAAUCCAGAUCUAGCACUCCGCCAAAGUCACAACCUUGUCAUCAGCCAGAGUCAUAGUUUGGACCUCAGUCUUGACCAUCACGAUCUUGCUCUUGGCCAGACACACGAGCACCAUGAUCUUGGCCUGGACUAUCCUCAUGAGGUUAGCAGUCUUGUUCUUGGUCAUCAUCACUAUCCCCAACACCAUCAUCCUCAGGAACAUGAUGCCAACAACGAGCUGGCACUUGGCCAGAGCCAUGACCCUGAUACCGAUACUCUUGAACACCAAAAUCAUGAUAUAUGUCUAUCUGAGCACCAAGAAUUGACUCUAGCUGACACCCAUCAUGAUCUUUCUGAUGCUGAUCAAAACCUCGACCACCUCUCUGCUGUCAAUCAGUCUCUUCAACUUGUAAUCACUUCACCACUUCAGUCUCGAAUGAUAGUAAGUGCCGCCGAUGAUCUUGCCAUUGGCCAAGAAUUCCCUGAUGUGAAGAGCUGCCGCAGGGCGUUAAGGGAUGCAGCAAUUGCAUGCCACUUUGAGAUCCAGACCAUGAAGUCUGACAAGACUCGAUUUACUGCAAAGUGUGCUGCUGAAGGUUGCCCUUGGAGAAUUCACGCAGCAAAGCUCCCCGGUGUGCCGACAUUCACUAUCAGGACUAUCCACGGGACCCACACUUGUAGUGGAAUCAACCAUCUCGGCCACCAGCAGGCCUCAGUUGACUGGGUUGCAAAUUCUGUUGAAGAACGUCUUCGUGAGAACCCCAAUUACAAGCCCAAGGAAAUUUUGGAAGAGAUCCAUCGGACGCAUGGUAUUACUCUAACUUACAAGCAAGCUUGGAGAGGAAAAGAACGGAUCAUGGCAGCUGUACGAUGCUCUUUAGAAGAAGGGUACUGCCUUCUGCCUCAAUACUGCAGGCAAGUCAAGAGGACAAACCCUGGAAGUAUCGCUUCGGUGUACGGAGAUCCAGAUAAUUGUUUCAAGCGCCUUUUUAUCUCGUUCUAUGCUUCGAUACAUGGUUUUGUAAAUGGCUGUCGCCCGUUAAUAGGCCUCGAUCGCACUCUUCUGAGGAGCAAGUACCUUGGGACUUUACUUCUUGCCACCGGGUUUGAUGGUGAUGGUGCUUUGUUUCCUCUAGCAUUUGGAGUUGUUGAUGAAGAGAGUGAUGAGAAUUGGAUAUGGUUCUUAUCGGAGCUCCAUGCUCUCCUUGAGGACCACACCGAAAACAUGCCUAGGCUUACUAUCUUGUCUGAUAUGCAGAAGGGCAUUGUUGAUGGGGUUGACUUCAACUUCCCAACUGCCUUUCAUGGUUUUUGCAUGUGCCACCUCAGCGACAGCUUCCGCAAAGAGUUCAGCAACACUGUGCUUGUAAAUCUCCUUUGGGAAGCAGCUCAUGCUCUCACAGUCAUUGAGUUCGAAGCGAAGAUUCUAGAGAUCGAAGACAUUUCGCAAGAAGCUGCCUUGUGGAUCCGCCGUAUUCCUCCUAGGCUAUGGGCAACUGCAUAUUUCGAGGGGAUUAGAUAUGGGCAUUUAACAGCAAACAUCGCGGAAUCUCUCAACAGCUGGAUUCUGGAAGGUUCCGGGCUCCCGAUAAUCCAGACGAUGGAGUGCAUCCGACGCCAGCUGAUGACAUGGUUCAAUGAGCGGCGGGAGGCAAGCGAGCAAUGGUCCAGUAUCCUCAUUCCCUCCGCCGAGCGAAGCCUUUCGGAGGCCGUGGAGAGGGCGAGGGAAUAUCAGGUAAUAAGAGCAAAUGAGGCUGAAUUCGAAGUUGUUUCGCAACACGAGGGAGCAAAUAUUGUGGACAUUAGGAACCGGUGUUGCUUGUGUCGGGGAUGGCAGCUCUAUGGAUUGCCUUGUGCUCAUGGGGUUGCAGCACUCUUCUCUUGUCGACAGAACGUGAACAGAUAUGCGGAGAGUUGUUUCACAGUGACGACAUAUAGGAAGACGUAUUCGGAGACUAUACAUCCGAUUCCAGAUAAGAGCUUGUGGAAGGAAUUAUCAUCGUCAGCAGGGAAUCAAGAAAAAGGGGAUAGAGUUGAGACUGUGAUUUACCCGCCAAAGUCUCUGAGGCCGAUGGGUAAGCCGAGGAAGAAGAGAAUGAGGUCUGAGGAGCGGGGAAGAGCGAGGAGAGUCGUGCAUUGUAGCCGGUGUAAUCAGAUAGGACAUCUUAGAACUACUUGUGCAGCUCCUAUAUGAAACAGGGUUUCUCUGCAAUGAUGUGAAAAGUUUAGAUUCAUCAUAUAGUCUGUGUUCUUUCUUUUUUAGCUUAUAGAGAGUUUUGAAAUAUAGUGAAUUAAGCUCUUCAUGUUUUGUUGCUGUGGAGCUUAUGGAAGUGACAGAUUAAGAGGGACUUUGUACAGUAAUGCUGCAAUGCUCUUUUUUGCAGUACGGUUUAUGCCUCUGCAAUUAUGUAUUAAAUGUUGCAUGGAUGAACCUCUGCAAUUAUGUAUUAAAUGUUGCAUGGAAGAAUUUUUUCAUCUGAA